AUGGUGGUGUGUGAGUUGCCCGGCGACAAGGGCUACGUAGUCCAAUACAAGACUCUGGUGACGGACGACUUUUCCGGGCCGCUGACGGAGGCGGUUCCCGGCGCCGAAAUCUGGCCGCAGCCGGCGCAAGUGAACGCCGCCAUUUUUGACAUGUACGAGGAAGUGGACGCCUUCGACAAUGACGUUUGGUGGGUCGGCAAGAUCACCGGGAAAAUCGGGAACCGUUACUAUGUCUACUUCGAGACCACCGGCGACGAGAUUCUUUAUCACAAAGAUAGGAUCAGAGUCCAUCUUGAUUGGGUUCAUCACUCGUGGGUUCUCACCCAAAUCCAAAUCCAACCCGAAACCCGAACCCAACCCGUUUCUUGA